AUGUCUCUUACCGUCGACGGGGUCGACUUGGACGCUCUCAACUACACUGUCAAGGUCCCCUACAAUGGCACCUCUAUGACCGGCGGCGACUCCUUGCACGAUGAUCUGAACAUCUUCUACGAUGCCGGCGAUAUCGCAUGGAUGAUCACUGCCACCGCCCUUGUGCUCCUCAUGAUUCCAGGUGUCGGUUUCUUCUACUCUGGUCUGGCCCGCAGAAAGUCCGCCCUGUCCCUGAUCUGGCUCUCCGUCAUGGCCACCGCCGUCAUCUCCUUCCAGUGGUUCUUCUGGGGCUACACCCUCGCCUUCUCGCACACCGCCGGCAAGUUCUUGGGUGACAUGGAGAACUUCGGCUUCCGCAACGUCCUCGCUGCCCCCUCCGUUGGCUCCUCCAAGAUCCCCGACCUGCUCUUCGCCAUCUACCAGGGCAUGUUCGCCGCCAUCACUGUGGCCCUCGCCGUGGGCGCCGUCGCCGAGCGCGGCCGUAUGCUGCCCUGUGUCGUCUUCAUGUUCAUCUGGUCGACCGUGAUCUACGACCCCAUCGCAUGCUGGACAUGGAACCCGUCCGGGUGGGUUGCCAAGAUGGGCGGACUCGACUUUGCUGGUGGAACGCCUGUCCACAUCUCGUCCGGGACCGCUGCUCUGGCCUACUCCAUCAUGCUGGGCAAGCGCCGAGGUCACGGAACGCACGAGCUGAACUACCGCCCUCACAACGUUACUCACAUUGUCAUUGGCACCGUCUUCCUCUGGGUGGGCUGGUUUGGAUUCAACGCCGGUUCCGCCCUCGCGGCCAACAUGCGCGCCAUCAUGGCAGCCGUGGUCACGAAUCUGGCUGCCUGCGUUGGUGGCAUUACAUGGUGCGUACUGGACUACCGUCUCGAGCGCAAGUGGUCAACCGUCGGCUUCUGCUCGGGCGUUGUUGCGGGCCUGGUCGCCAUCACCCCCGGUUCCGGAUUCGUGCCGGCCUGGGCCGCCGUGAUCUACGGCAUCAUCGGGGCGGCAGGUGCCAACUACGCCACCAAGCUGAAGUUCGUGAUUGGCGUCGACGACGCGCUGGACAUCUUCGCCGAGCACGCCGUCGGCGGUCUGAUCGGCAACAUCCUCACGGCCUUCUUCGCGGCCGACUACAUCGCGCACCUCGACGGCUUCACCGAGAUCCCCGGCGGCUGGCUCAACCACCACUGGAUCCAGCUGGGCUACCAACUGGCGGACUCGGUCUCGGGCGGCGUCUACUCGUUCGGCGGCACCUGCAUCAUCCUCUUCAUCAUGAACCUGAUCCCGGGCCUCUCGCUGCGCGCCUCCGAGGAGGCCGAGAUCCUCGGCAUCGACGACGCCGAGAUUGGCGAGUUCGCCUACGACUACGUCGAGCUGACCCGCGAGGUCCUGAACGAUAUGGAGGACGGCGGAAGCAAGUACUCUGGCGAUCACCACGGUCUCGCCGCUCACGAGAAGAUGAUGGGCGUAUCUGAUUCGCAAUAG